AUGACGUAUUUUAUAGAAUAUCUCACGAAAUUGCGAAAUUCUCGGGGAUUCAUCGGAACUCUCCGCCUUCUUGGCCACCCGCAGGCAAUACGGCUGCGAUCCGUCAUCAAAAUCGAGGUAACGACCUCGGCUUCGAUUACUAGUCAGUUUCAAACUCAACUUUCUCAAAGGAUGUCCGCUUCUCGAGUGUCUCUUCUUGUCCUCCUCGCUGUGUUGGUACCGUCCGGCCUCUCCGCCUAUGCUCGGCAAUGUGCGUGCGAUGAUCUGAAGCCAUGUGCAGACAAGAUUUCCACUUCCCUUCCUCAAUGUGCAGGGUAUUGUUCGGUGAGAUUUGGGGAUGUGGUUGUAGUUGGGUUGGGAUGCACUGUUUUUGGUAUGAAAGUUUAUUGGUGGAUUGCUCGUGUAGUGUCCGAGCUUUCGGUCGUAGAUUUACUUUAGGUUUUCUUUUUCGAAGGUCUAAAAUCAAGUCGUUUCUGGAAUUUUUCGAGUUCUCAAAAUGGUCUUGCAAAAUUAUCUGCGAACUCCUGUUUGUUCUUUACAGUUUUACUGUUAUUUAUCAGUUGUUUAUUUUGCCUAUAAUUUCAGCCACAACUGACCGCAAUUGGAGUCAACCUCACCGAAGCUGACGAAUGUCUCCAAGUGUUUGGCCCAGAAUUCAACGCCACCGUAACCUGCAUCGGCAACGAGUUUGCCAACAGUUGUCUGAAGACCCCUUCCGAUCAGAACCCCCUCAUUGCGAAGCGCAACCCCGAUUCAUUGAAGCUGGCCGUACUCGGCGAAUUGAACCGUUGGAUGUCCAAGAAUGGUGGUGUUCAGCUGAAGCAAACCAUCUCACAGACGCUCUCCUUCGCCGUGUGCACCAAGAAAUGCCUGGACAUCCGAACGGCGAAGUGCGCGAGCAAGUUUGAUUGUGCUUUGGAGCUGCCUUCCGAUCAGGCCAUCAUCGACACCGCCAAGCGUUGCAUCAACAGCUCGUGGGAUACCGAGAAAGCUCAGGCCCUCUGCUCCUGCCUUGCUGAAUCUGGAUUCCAGAAGUUGACGGAUGCCUGCCCAAAGAUCACCAUCGGCAACGGAAAACAAUGA